CCCAAAUCCAAUCUUAGACCUUGCCCUCAGCUGUGUGUGCUUUGUAAAUGACAGUCACUACAGUGGUGGGUUCCUUCAAGAAGGUAGCUGUAGAUCCUCCUGGCGUUAGAUGUGAGUAGAAAUGGGCUGAAGGAUGGCAGCGUUAUUACGGAAUGCUUUGGGCCUAGUGGUAUGGAAGGGGAAAAGUUCAUGAGCUUUGUGAUUUUAAUGAAAGCAGCCAUUGGGAGGAAGGUACUUUUGAGGCCUUCAAGGCCUUUAUUUAGGUAGGCCUUGUGUUGGAUGAACUUCCGUUAAAGUACAACCACAAGCUGUUUGCUCUUGGGCACUCAAGUGAAUUCUGAACUGCUACUGAGUUCUUGCUUAGCCUCUGGGAUUCUGCAAAAUACCAUACAUGAUGUACCUGGUUCGGUGCUUGACUUACUGUAGGGUAGGGACACAAAUUAAUCACUGCCAAGGACAGGAAAAUGAAAGGUGUGCAGUGAGUGACUGGGAAUAGUUAGGCCAGGGGAUGUAAGGAGAGGGAGCAGAAACUCCCAGCUCAGUAUGUUUGGGUUCCAAAACUGGGGGUCACUUGCUCUGGCCCCGAAGCAAACAAUUACCUGGUUGGGGAGUGGGGACCAAGCCCUCUCCCCCUUCUUAUCGUUUGAAUGGACCAGUCCUGGUGACAUCACAGCCCUAAGCGGUUGCCAAGGGACCGCUGGAGGUGGGCUUUCAUUUCUCCCUAGGAGCUCUGGGAUGUGGAUGUAAGGUGAAGGAAGGCAGAUGGCGACAAAGAGCCCUAGUCCCAUGCCCAUGGGCACAGCUCAGGAUGACCCUGGAGAGGCGGGCACACUGCCAGGUCCUGAGGCUGGCAUCCAGGACACAGGUUCCACCACUCAACUGAAGGCGAAGCCUAAAAAAGUACGUAAGAUCAAGGCGCUGGUCAUUGACCUGGGCUCCCAGUACUGCAAGUGCGGCUACGCCGGAGAGCCGAGGCCUACCUACUUUAUCUCCUCCACUGUGGGCAAGCGCAGUGCGGAGAUGGCCGCGGACACCGGAGACACGUUCAAGGAGACCUAUGUGGGCCACGAACUGCUCAACAUGGAGGCUUCCCUGAAGCUGGUGAACCCGCUGAAGCAUGGAGUCGUGGUGGACUGGGACUGCGUCCAGAACAUCUGGGAGUACAUCUUCCACACGGCCAUGAAGAUCCUCCCAGAGGAGCACGCGGUGCUGGUCUCCGACCCUCCGCUCAGCCCCAUCAGCAACCGGGAGAAGUAUGCCGAGCUCCUGUUCGAGACCUUCUGCAUUCCCGCCAUGCAUGUGACCUCCCAGGCGUUGCUAUCCAUCUACUCAUACGGCAAGACCUCGGGGCUGGUGGUGGAGAGCGGGCACGGCGUUUCACACGUGGUACCCAUCUCCGAGGGUAAUGUGCUGCCUGGCCUGCCGAGCCACGCCGAUUACGCCGGCUGCGACCUCACCAACUACCUCCUGCAGCUGCUCAAUGAGGCGGGCCACAAGUUCUCGGAUGACCACCUGCACAUCGUAGAACACAUUAAGAAAAACUGCUGCUAUGCGGCACUGCUGCCGGAGGAGGAGCUCGCUCUGGGCCUGGAGGAGCUGCGCGUGGACUACGAGCUCCCCGAUGGCAAGGUCAUCACCAUCGGCCAGGAGCGCGUCCGCUGCUCCGAGAUGCUCUUCCAGCCCUCCCUGGUGGGCUGCACCCAGCCAGGGCUCCCCGAGCUCACAGCCGCCUGCCUGGGCCGCUGCCAAAACACAGGCUUCAAGGAGGAGAUGGCUGCCAACGUGCUGCUGUGCGGCGGCUGUACCAUGCUGGACGGCUUCCCCGAGCGCUUCCAGAGGGAGCUGAGCCUCCUGUGUCCCGGGGACAACCCCACAGUGGCGGCUGCUCCCGAGAGGAAGACAUCGGUGUGGACCGGCGGCUCCAUCCUGGCUUCUUUGCAGGCCUUCCAGCAGCUCUGGGUCAGCAAGGAAGAGUUUGAAGAGCGGGGCUGUGCGGCCAUCUACUGCAAGUGCUAAGGGGCGGGCCCCAUAGGCGAGGGCUGGAGAGUCGCCGCCCUGGCCACUCUAUACCUUUACAGAAUUUCACAUAAAAGUUUAAUGUGU